CGACACGUACCCCCCAUUUUCUGUCUGUCUCCCCCCUCCUGAGACAAAUAAGCUCGCAGCUGGAGAAGAACCCACACCAAAACCCUAAUCCGAUCCCGCCAAUGUCGUCUUCCCCCUCCGAAGAAUCGACGAACAAAAAGAUGAAAAUGACCGCCGGCUGCUGGUUGAGAGAGCACACAGUCCGAGAGCUCGUGCGCGAGAAGCGCCGCCUCGUCGAGGUACCGUACAACGCGACCCUAUCCUCCACCGUGAAUGCACUCACCGCUAACAAUAUUUUGGCCGUACCCGUGGCCGCUCCGCCGGGCCGCUACAUCGGUGCCGGCGGUUCGAUGAUUCUGGAAUCUGAUCCGGCGACCGGCGCUGUCAGGAAGCAUUACAUAGGCAUCAUAACAAUGCUGGACGUUCUGGUUCACAUCGCCGGGGAUGAGAUAGUCGGAGAUGACGAUGAUGUUGAUUUCGAUGGUAAGAUGGCGAUGCCGGUGUCGUCUGUUAUUGGACAUUCUCUUGAGGGGCUUACCUUGUGGACUCUCAAUCCUAACACAAGCAUUCUAGAUUGCAUGGAAACAUUCAGCAAAGGAGUGCAGUGGGGGCUGGUUCCAGUAGAGAGCCAAGGCGACAGUGAUGCUGCAGUGGAGCUGGUGAAAGCUUCGCCUGGCUACAGAAUGCUCACACAAAUAGAUUUUUUGAAUUUCUUGCAAGUACAUGUGGAUGAGCUGAAGGACAUUAUGACAUGCAGUGUUGGAGAAUUGGAUUUAGUCAAUGAAAAUGUUUUUGCACUGACCGAACACACAAAAGUUUUAGAUGUAAUCAGAUCCAUGAGGAGUUUUUCUCUGGCCAUUUUUCCUGUUGUUGAUGCAGAUGCUGCUGUUGAUUCUGGGGAGAAAAUUGUUCUUCAAGAUGGAAGAGGAAAGAGGCUCAUCAGCACGUUCUCAGCAACAGAUCUACAACCUUGCUCAAUUGCUCAAAUCCAGUCCAUGUUAAAACUCAGUGUUGUAGAAUUCAAAGAACGGGAUUCGGAAACUGUUGAAAAACAAAGGCAGAAACUCAUCACAUGCCAUUAUGAGACUACACUUGGUGAAGUGAUCGUGGGGGCUGCUUUGGCUCAUGUUCAUCGAGUUUGGGUUGUGGACGAGCAAGGCCUGCUGAGAGGCUUUGUUUCUCUCGCUGAAAUAUUGGGAGCCAUCAGAAACAAGGCAUUGGCAACAGAAAAUGAGUUACAAGAUGUGGCUGCUACUGAACCUGCUAUUUGAAUCUCUUGAGAGCUUGAAGAGAGGAAGAUGAAUGAAGUGUAGCUUUUUAGUUCUUGGAAUAAAUAAGAGCUCUCUGUUUUUCAAGAAGAAAGCUCUUUUUUCGACUGCUGCUGCUGUAGAUGAUAACUUCCAGAGGGAAGUAAAGAGAGAAAAUUUGGAAGUGUUUUGCUGUGCUUUUUUUGCUUCCAUUUUGUUCAAGAUAAGUUGUGUUAUAGUCAAACCAUGUUAAGGUUAACUGAGGCCAUCGUGAAAUAGACUCUGUUCAUAUUAUAAGUUGUUCAUGUUCA